UGUCAUUUUCCCUUUCCUACUUUUGUGUCCAGCCACUGGCGUCGUUACAUACAUCAAAUCUCAGUCAUUUCCUCUAUAAAAACACAGCACUUUCUGCCCCAAAAUUCUAGCACAAAAACUCAAAUUCACUGAUCUAAGUAUAUACAGUGCCCAAAAGCAAACAUUCCACUCCAACCAGAUUGAUCUUUAAGCAAUGGCAGAGGUUGAAACAGUGAAGAACAAGCAAGUGCUGUUGAAAGAUUAUGUUACAGGGUUCCCAAAAGAAUCAGAUAUGAUCAUCAGCACAGAAAAUACUAUCAGCUUGAAAGUACCAGAAAACUCAAAUGGGGUUUUGGUGAAGAAUCUCUACUUGUCAUGUGAUCCUUUCCUGAGAAGUUUAAUGCAAAAGCCGAAGCCCAAUAGUAAAUCCGUAUUUCCUGGUUUCAAGCCUGGCUCUCCUAUCCAUGGCUACGGGGUAGCUAAAGUUGUGGAUUCCGGCCAUCCUAAGUUUAAGAAGGGUGACUUGGUAUGGGGAAUGACUGGAUGGGAGGAGUACAGUCUCAUUCAACAGGCUGAUUCACUUUUCAAGAUCGAACACACAGAUGUCCCACUUAGCUACUAUACUGGAAUUCUGGGUAUGCCUGGUAUUACUGCCUAUGGUGGAUUCUAUGAGGUCUGUCAUCCCAAGAAAGGAGAAAAAGUGUAUGUGUCAGCAGCAUCUGGUGCAGUUGGCCAGCUCGUUGGACAAUUUGCAAAACUGAUGGGCUGCUAUGUAGUUGGAAGUGCUGGAAGUAAAGAAAAGGUUGAUCUUUUGAAGAACAAGUUUGGUUUUGAUGAUGCUUUCAAUUACAAGGAAGAACAUGACUGGGAUGCUGCUUUAAAGAGGUACUUCCCUGAAGGAAUCGAUAUCUACUUUGAAAAUGUUGGGGGAAAGAUGCUAGAUACUGUCCUCCUAAAUAUGAACAUGUUUGGUCGAAUUGCUGCUUGUGGAAUGAUCUCACAGUACAAUCUUGACGAACCUGAAGGAGUAAAGAACUUGAUAGCCGUCAUUUCAAAAAAACUUAACAUCCGAGGAUUUACUGCUUCUGAUUUCUUUUCGCUUUACCCGAAAUUUCUGGAUCUUGUAUUGCCUCAUAUCCGCGAGAAAAAGAUAACAUAUGUGGAAGACAUUGCUGAAGGAAUUGAAAGUGUCCCUGCAGCCCUCAUAGGUUUGUUUAGCGGCCGCAAUGUUGGGAAACAGGUUGUUGUAGUUGCUCGUGAAUGAAUUUUGCACAACACUUCUGUCAAUUUGUGUGGUGGUUUUCUGCAAUAAACUACCCUCUCAAGUAAAGCUUCCUCCUUUCUGUGGUGAUCAGGUUCAGAAUGGCAACUUAGCAGGUCUUAUCAUUGAAGUCAAGAGUGUAUCUUUUGUUUAACCUAUAAAUAGUUCAAAAGUUUUUGGGUUUGAAAUUCAGAGUCAUAUGUUUGAUUUACCUGCUACAUUGUUGAACUGUUUGAUAUUCGCAUCCACAAACUUUCUAAAAUACGAAAGAGAAGGAAUGGCCCAAGAAUAAUUUGUUAAUUGGUUCAGAAACUAA